CAGCCAGCACAAAUGGUUUUAUAGAUCAUCUCACUUGAUUCACAUUUCUCACUUCUCUUUCUUUCUCACUCCACUUCUAGAGAGAGAGAAAAAAAAACCAAACAAUAAUUCAUGUGUUUUCCUCUUCUUCAUUGAGAUCAUCUUUGUCGGUGGAAUUUCCAUUUCCAUCUCCAUUUCCAUCUCCAUAGUUCAUACAUUAACUCAAGCCUUUGAGUAUGUACGGAAGAGAUCCAUGGGGUGGUCCAUUAGAGAUCAACGCCACAGACUCAGCAACAGAUGAAGAUCGUAGCAGGAAUCUUCAAGAGCUGGAUAGAGCAGCGUUGUCUCGUCCAUUAGAUGAAACUCAACAGAGUUGGUUGUUGGGUCCCACUGAACAGAAGAAGAAGAAGAAGUAUGUAGAUCUGGGGUGUAUCAUUGUUAGCCGCAAGAUCUUUGUUUGGACUGUUGGGACUAUUCUCUGUGCUGCUGCUCUUGCUGGUUUGGUUGUGCUUAUUGUUAAGACUGUUCCUCGCCAUCAUCAUAAACAUCCUCCUCCGGAUAAUUAUACUCUUGCUCUUCAUAAAGCUCUCAUGUUCUUCAAUGCACAAAAAUCUGGGAAACUUCCAAAGCAUAACAAUGUUUCUUGGAGGGGAACUUCGUGUAUGCAAGAUGGAAAGGGUGAUGGUGUUUCUGCCGCGAUCAAGGAUCUGGUUGGUGGAUACUAUGAUGCUGGAGAUGCCAUCAAGUUCAAUUUUCCGGCUGCUUUUUCCAUCACUAUGUUGAGUUGGAGUGUUAUUGAGUAUAGUGGUAAAUAUGAAGCUACCGGGGAGCUUGAUCAUGUCAAGGAAAUCAUUAAAUGGGGUACUGAUUAUUUUCUCAAGACAUUCAAUAAUACUGCUGAUACCAUUACCACUAUUGCUGCUCAGGUUGGGAGUGGAGAUACCUCAGAUGGAAGUACGACACCCAAUGAUCACUACUGCUGGAUGCGUCCAGAAGACAUUGAUUACGACAGGCCAGUCACCGAAUGUCACAGUUGUUCGGAGCUUGCUGCAGAGAUGGCUGCUGCCUUGGCGGCUGCAUCUAUUGUUUUCAAAGACAACAAAGCCUAUUCCAAGAAACUUGUUCAUGGUGCCGGUACACUUUUUAAGUUUUCCAGGGAUCAGAGAGGCAGAUACAGUGCAGGUAGUGCCGAGGCUUCGAUAUUCUACAAUUCUACCGGCUAUUUUGAUGAGUUUGUUUGGGGAGGCGCGUGGAUGUACUUUGCCACCGGAAAUAACACGUACCUUAGGCUUGCUACUAAUCCCGGUAUUGCUAAACAUGCCGGUGCUUUCUGGGGAGGCCCUGAUUACGGAGUACUGAGCUGGGAUAACAAGCUUGCUGGUGCACAGGUUCUUCUUAGUCGUUUGAGGUUGUUCUUGAGUCCUGGGUAUCCAUACGAAGAAAUUCUAAGGACCUUCCACAAUCAGACCAGUAUAAUCAUGUGCUCCUACCUACCUGUGUUCACAAGCUUUAACAGAACCAAAGGAGGCUUGAUUCAAUUAAAUCAUGGUAGGCCUCAGCCCCUCCAAUAUGUUGUCAAUGCAGCCUUUUUGGCUACCCUAUACAGUGAUUACCUUGAUGCUGCCGAUACACCUGGGUGGUAUUGUGGACCUAAUUUCUAUUCAACCGAAAAACUCCGCGAGUUUGCUAGGACACAGAUUGAUUACAUCCUUGGGAAGAAUCCACGGAAAAUGAGCUAUAUUGUAGGUUUUGGUAAUCAUUAUCCAAAACAUGUUCACCAUAGAGGUGCAUCUAUACCAAAGAACAAGGUUAAAUAUAACUGCAAAGGUGGAUGGAAAUGGAGGGACACAUCAAAGCCAAAUCCAAAUAUACUUGUUGGUGCCAUGGUUGCUGGUCCUGACAGGCACGACGGUUUCCAUGAUGUUCGAUCAAACUACAAUUACACAGAGCCAACACUUGCUGGAAAUGCUGGUUUAGUAGCAGCAUUAGUCGCACUAUCAGGUGACAAAAGCAUACCGAUUGACAAAAAUACUCUUUUCUCUGCUGUUCCACCAAUGUUUCCAACACCACCACCACCUCCAGCACCAUGGAAACCAUAAGGUGUCAUGUCACGUCACGUCGUUAUCUUUUCUCUACAACAAGUACCACAAACGACUCGAGUGCAUUAGUAACUUGAGUUGUUUUAUAUCUCGACUAAAAGUUUCAAGGAAAAUUUUGAAGACAAGGCAAACAUACUUGGCCUAGUGAAUCUAGUUGGUUGUGUGGCUAAUGGUGACUCGAGAGUAGAAUUAAGACUUUGAUAAAGUGGUACUUGAGAGUGUCUCUUUGUAUUUUUCUUUUCUUUUUGUGAUAUACAUAGUAUAUUUGUAUCAAAACCAAAUCUUGUAUUCUUUAAACAUAAAAACUGAACAGCUUGUAAUUGUUUGACAGUUUCAUCUAAUGUGGUUACUUUUUUA